AGAGAUCUGACUUGUAGCAAUGCCUCAGCAUGCUGUUUUACCCACUCUCACAGACAGUAGAGAGUAAGUUAGGCGGACAUUGCCUUGGUUAUUGAUUAUUACCCAGUAUGGAAGAUUUAGCUACAAAAAACGCAUUUAGAGGAGUAAAUGGACAGUCUAAAACAGACAAAUCACCUUCUGCUGCUGCUUGCAGUGUUGACUCAUGCUGCGGAUCCUGGAUGAGAAGAAUCAAGUUCUUGGUACCUGUGGACUACAAGAAUGAAACUGUUCAGUUUUUAAAACUGGCAGGACCCACGUUGAUUUCACAGAUGAUGAGCUUCCUGAUUGGCUUCAUCAGCAUGGUGUUCUGCGGUCACCUGGGGAAAACAGAGCUGGCGGGGGUGGCGUUAGCGACAGCCGUAAUAAAUGUCACUGGUGUUUCCAUUGGCUCUGGUUUGGCAUCCGCAUGUGAUACGCUCAUAUCUCAGACUUAUGGGAGUGGUAACCUAAAGCGUGUAGGAGUGUUACUCCAAAGGGGAGUUUUGAUUCUGCUCUUAGCUUGUUUCCCCUGCUGGGCAGUCCUCAUUAACACUCAGCCUCUUCUGCUGGCUGUCAAGCAGAGUGCAGAAGUUGCCAGAAUUUCCCAGCUGUAUGUGAAGAUUUUUAUGCCAGCUCUGCCAGCUGCAUUCAUGUACCAGCUGCAGGGGAGGUAUCUUCAGAAUCAGGGCAUCAUGUGGCCCCAGGUGAUAUCUGGAGCCGUGGGGAACGUUUUAAAUCUGAUAAUAAACUAUGUCUUCCUCAACUGUCUGGAUCUGGGGGUCGCUGGAUCUGCAGCUGCCAAUACCAUCUCACAGUAUGCUUUGGCUGGGUUUUUGUUUGUGUACAUCUGCUUCAGGGGUCUGCACAAAGCUACAUGGGAUGGCUGGUCAAAGGAAUGCCUGCAGGAGUGGGGUCCGUUCCUCCACCUGGCCAUCCCCAGCAUGCUGAUGUGUUGUCUGGAGUGGUGGCUGUAUGAGAUCGCAGGGUUCCUGGCAGGCAUCAUCAGUGAGGCCGAGUUGGGAGCUCAGUCCAUAGUUAAUGAACUGGCUAUUUUCGUUUAUAUGUUUCCAAUGGGUUGCUCUGUUGCUGCCAGUGUUCGGGUUGGAAAUGCUCUUGGUGCUGGGAACACAGAGCAAGCCAAGCUAUCCAGCAAGGUCUCCCUCAUCUGUGCAUUUAUGAUCUCAUGUUUCAUCGGAGUUUGUCUUGGUGUGUCUAAGGAUGUGGUUGGUUACAUUUUCACCACAGAAAAAGACAUUAUUCAGAGGGUGGCUGAUGUCAUGAAGAUUUACUGUUUCAUCCAUGUCUUUGAGGCCAUUGCGGCUGUGACCGGAGGUAUUGUCAGGGGGGCAGGGAAGCCAUUGGUUGGUGCUUUAUGCAACUUGGUGGGUUUCUACUUCAUUGGGUUCCCCAUUGGAGCGUCUUUGAUGUUCCCUGUCAAAAUGGGCAUUGUAGGGUUGUGGUCGGGCUUUUUCAUUUGUGUUGUUCUACAGUCCACAUUUUUUAUUGUUUUCCUGUGUAAACUCAACUGGACGAAAGUCACUGAAGAGGCCCAGAUAAGAGCAGGAGUCCACAUUGUAGAGAGGAACGAGAUCUUCGGGAUAGAAAACAAAGCCCUGGAUUCUGGUGAAAAACAGUUCAACAAUGGGACCAGUAUAUCCAGUUCUUUGAGUCCAAUGGAGGGGAAGCUGGAAGUGCUCGGUGCAGGUCAGCAGACAUCAGAUGACGUGGUUCUGUCAGUCAGGCAGCUGGUGGUACGACGGGGCCUUGCUGUGCUGCUCAUGGUCAUCAUCCUCGCUGUUGGAGUCUUCAUCAGCGAGCUGCUCAUCAGACUGCUCGCAUGAGACGAGUGACCAUCAUCAUGUGUACAGCACAAAACUCAGCUUUGUGAGUCUGCGUUCCAGAUUACAGAUGCAUCUUCAUGUUUAGCAAUAACAU